AUGGAUUUGGGAGCUGUGAGCCGCCCGAAUCGAACGUUUCCCGGUAUGAUCCUGGUGUUUGGUAAGUGUUUCCGUCUUCAUUGUUGAUCUUUAAGGGUUGAAUAGUGUUUGAGAAGGUUUGGUUCGGUUUCGAUAUUAAAAUUAUAUUACACUAGAAUUUAAUCUAAAAUUGUUCAAAUUUUAUUACCUAAAAUCGUUUUUUGUUAUUUUAUGAGGUCAUUUGUCUGCUCGCAUCUUUUGAAAGUUGUUUUGUUUGGUUUACUUGGUUUUCGGGCAAUAAAUUAUAUUACACUAGGUAGUUGUUGAAAUUUGAUGUCGAAAACAUAAUUGUCACAUUAUUUUUUGGCUGAAUUGCCUUGCGUAAUGUGAAAUAGGACUAGAGCUCCCUCUUGUGUAUUUUUUAUUCAAUUUCCUUUAUUUUUUUCCAUCCAAAAUAAGCUGUUUCUCCCCGACAUUAUUUUAGGUAAAUUUUUUAAAUUGUCUUAUACUUUGUGCCUUAUAAAUCAUAUUUUCAGUUUUAUCACUAUGUAUAGCGACGGUCAGAGGUCUUUCAACUGCUCAAAUGGUCCCGCCGAGUGUGGCGCGGGCGACGGAAGCCAGGCACGCCGUUAGUUUCGGAGACCUGGAGAAUGGACGGAUAGCAUGGCGGAUAAAACGAGAGGAUCUGCCGUGGAAAGGGUCCUACUCGUUUCUAGGGUAAAGAUUUUUGAUAUUUUGCUUUGGUUUUUUUAUUGUUUUUGUGGUGAGAAACUGUUUUAAACUUUUUGAAUUUUUGGGGAUUUUUGUUUGGAAUAUUGGUAAAAUAUGAUUGAUCUAUCUAUGACAUCAUUUUUUACAUUCUUUCUAGUCUUUUUGGUACAGUUUUGGGCGAUUUAUAUUAUACAUGACUAUCGAGUUUGAGUCCCACCACGAAAACUUGGACAGUCUGGGAACUGGCUGAAAAUCGUGUAAAACGGCUGUUUACAGUGACAGACCUGAUCCAGCGGCAAAAAACGUACCGUUUUGCAUCCGGGAAGUAUCGAAAAAUGUGACAAAAUGCCUCCCUCUCCAAGUGAAAAAACUCCGGUUUGAAAUUUCCCUCACAAAACGAGCGGACGGGCUUUUGAAAUCGGAGUUUUUUCACUUGGAGAGGGAAGCAUUUUGCUACAUUUUUUGAUGCUCCGCGGAUGCAAAAUCGUACGUUUUUGCCGCUGGAUCAGAUCCGUCACUGUAAACAGCCGUUUUACACGAUUUUCAGCCAGUUUCCGGACUGUUCAAGAUUUCGUGGUGGGACUUAAACUCGAGAGUCAUGUAUAAUAUAAGUCGCCAAAAACUGUACCAAAAAGACUAGAAAGAAUGUAAAAAAUGAUGUCAUAGAUAGAUCAGUCAUAUUUUACCAAUAUUCCAAACAAAAAACCGAAAAAAAUGCAAAAAAUCGUCCGUUUUUUACUACUGGACCACUGUACGCCCGCUUAGUGUUUUAUAAAAUACUUUGAAGCCUUUUUUCCCACCAUAAAGUCUCAUUUCCAGCUCCGCCGACUCCCCAAAACCAACAGUCCUGUUGACGGUUUCCGACUCCGACACCGGCGUCGUAAUCGCCGACUGCUCCACCUCGGUGCAAGCCAAGUCCACGCCGGCCGGCUGGCGCGGCGAACUCGAGCAGGACUUCCACUGGCACCGCGUGAACUGGGAGCUGAACGAAGCCGAACUCCAGUGCAACACCACCGCCGACCAUCAACCAAUCCAGUCGCUGCUGAACAGCGACGAACUCGACGCCUACCUGGUCCAAAUCAAAGCCGCCGAUGGCCCCCGAUGCAUCAAGAACCUGCACGCGGACGAGGAGUCGAGCCUGAGCGCGUGCCCGCCCAAACUCCAAAAACAUUCGUAUUUUGCGGAGCAUUUGAACUGCGGAUGCCCGAUUGUGAAGCGAGGCCUGCCGUUCGCCGAGAACACGGCGUUCAGCUCGAUCCGACGGAAGCCCGCGUCCACCACCGCGGAUCCGCUGAGUCAGCCGUUCGGCGAUGACGCGGAAUCGGACGAAGUCGCGUCCCCCGCUUUCCCCAUGUUCCAUUUCACGCAAUCCGUCGAACACACCACGGAUAAGACCACAACCAGCGAAGGUAGGGGUUUGUUUGGGGAGUUUGACGAAGUGUCACAAAAUUUAUUGGUUUUUUUUAUUUUGGUUAUGAUGUUAUAAUGGGAUUUUUUAUAGCUCAUAGAAUGUUUAGAAGUAAUUUUAAGGCUUAUCGAGUGUUUGGAAGUCAUUUUUAGAUAUUUUUUGAAAUUUGUCGAAAUGUCAAAAAAUUUAUUGGUUUUUAAAAAUGUCUUUUCAAAUGCGGUUUUUCACUUUGUUAGGGCAAAAAUGUGUUUAGAAUGCAUUUUUGGACAUUUUUAAAAUUUGACGAAAUGUCACAAAAUUUAUUGAUUUUUGAAAAAUCUCGAAAUUAACGUUAUAUAUUGUUCUGAAUUGAUGAAUCCUCUAAUUUUAGCCGAGACUCCAUCAACAGACGCAACCAAGCCCACUCCAGCGAGCGCCGAAACCGCGGCGCCCGAGCAAAGUCAACAGAUCUCGGGCGAAGUCAAACAGACCCCGCCGGAGUCGCUGGAGGAACCAAAAACAACGGUUGAAUCGGCGGAAAAAACCACCAUCUUAUCAUCGGAGGCGACCACGCCCGCCGCCGCCGAUCCAUGCGACAAUUUCGAAUGCAAUAAUGGGACUUGCUCCGCCGAAAACGGCGAGGCCAAGUGCAAAUGCCCCGAGGGCUUUGCCGGCGAACAUUGCGAGCAAGAUUUGUGCGCCAACUUGGGCUGUCAGAACGGAGGCACCUGUCAGGUGAGGAAUGGAAGAGCUGUCUGCAAUUGCCCGAGGGGAAUCGCCGGAGAGAAGUGUCAUCAGCUGAAUGUGAGUGGAUUUUUUGGGUUUUUUUUUGGAUUUUUGGGAUGAUUAAGGUUGUAUUGAGGUUGUUAUGGAUAUUUUGGUGAUUUUUGGGGUAAAAUACGAUAGCUUUUUUAUGUUUUUGUAAAUUUUGAAUUUUUGAAAAAAAAAAUUUUUUUUUGAUUUUUGGUGUUUUGAUGGGUAAAAUAGAUAAAAAAAAUGUAUUUUUAUGUGUGAAAUUGAAUUUAAAAUAUUUGAAAAGUGAUGUAAAUGAAUUUCAGCAGCCAAUUUGCACUCCUCAUUGCGAAAACGGCGGCGUUUGUCAAGCCUCGGCGAUCGCAACGGAGGCGAAUGUCUGCAAAUGCCCUCAUGGAUACACUGGAUCCAACUGUAAUCUCCGGGAUUUGUGCGCAAAGUAAGGAAAAUUUGAGACGUUAAAAAUUUUUGAUUUUGAAAAAAAAUUAAAAUUUUUUUUUAUUUUUCGGAUUUUUUAUUUAUUUAUUUUUGUUUUUGAUUUUUUGCAUUUUUUUUUAAAUUUUUUUUUAAUUUUUUUUUGAUUUUUUGCAUUUUUUAUUUUUAAUUUUUUUUAUUUUUAGAAAUUCCAGUUUUUUUUUACAAAAAAAAUUUCUCGUAUUUUUUUUUAUUUAUUUUUUUUUUUGAUUUUUCUGAUUUUUUUAGGAAUUCAAACUUUUUUACAAAAAAAAAUUUUUUUUUUAAUUUUUCAUAUUUUAGGAACUCGACCUGCGCUCACUUCGGUCCGGAUGCCCGUUGUUUCAAGGACGCCGGAGACAUGUUCCGCUUCUUCGAGGCCCUCUCCGACGGCGUCUACAGCUGUCAAUGCCCCACCCAGCGCGGAUUCGUCGAGUGCUCCCAGCUCCGCCCCGCCCUCGCCAAAGCAGCACCAACCGUUCAGUCCAGUGUCCCUCCAAGGCCACCCCCCACUCAAGCUCUGCCUGAAAUUGAAGAAAGAGUGAUGUCGAAUGAACACAGCACCGAGCAAAUCCAAUUCCCAAUGGUCACGGAGGCGCAAUCAACGGUUUCGGCGGAGAAAACGAGCGCUGAGGUCAAACCCUUGUUUGGCUUGACUGGAUUGCCAGGUAAGGGGUGGAUAAGGUCGAAAAAGAAGGUUUUUGGAGGGAAAUUGACGGGUUUGAAAGGGGUUUUGGAAGAAUGUGGCGGUAGAAUUUGUACUAGGCCAUAUAAAUUUUGUAGUUUGGGGAUUUUUUUGUGAUUUUUUUGUUUUUUUCGAGAUUUUUGGGUAGUAUAAUAUAAAAUAUUUGUUUUGAAUGUGAUUAGUCUUUGUAAAAAACAUUGUCUGUGGUAUUACUGAAGCAUUUUUUUUUAUUUUUUCAAAAAAAUUUUUAUUCCGAAAAUUUUUUUUUCAUAUUUUGGCAUUUUCAGGCUCCCAAAAUUUUUUGGAAAUUUUUUUUAUCCCAAAAAUUUUAAUUUUUUUCAAAUUUUUCUUAUUUUCAAGCUCCCAGCAUUUUUUUUGAAAAAUUUUUUUUUAUUCGAAAAAUUUAAUUUUUUCAUUCUUUUUUCAAAUUUUUCUCAUUUUCAGGCUCCCAGCAUUUUUUCGAAAAAAAUUUUUUUAUUCAAAAAAUUUGAUUUUUUUCAUUUUUUUUCAAAUUUUUUUUUAUUUUCAGGCUCCCAGCAUUUUUCCGAAAAAUUUUUUUAUUCGAAAAAUUUAAUUUUUUCAUUUUUUUUCAAAUUUUUCUUAUUUUCAGGCUCCCAGCCCACGAUCCUCCCUCGCCCCACCCAACCCAAGACCCCACCGCCCUCCUCGACCCCCUCCUCCACGAUGUUCACCCGUCUCCCCGACCUCAGCCACCUCCUUUCCACUCCCCCAUCACCAACCUUCCCGGAAAACGAGUCCGAAGAGGAGGGCGACAACGGCUUCGCUCCCAUGACCCAGGAACUCCCAGAACCCACGGAAAUCACGGCCCAGCCGGACCAACCCGCCCGACCCGCACUCACCAUUCACAAACUCCCGGCGACGGACUCGACGAAACCGAAAUUGCUCCAGACUACCACCACCAUCCCCGAAGCCGCCGAGGAAACCGAAACUGAACCCAUUUCCACCGAAAAUUCCCAAACUAUCUCGACGGAAUCCACACAAGAAGUCACUCAAGGACCCAUGGGACCGGAACACUCUAUUGUAGAUGAGACUUUGGGCACUGGUAAGGGGAAAAAAUGGGGGUUUUUUGAGAUUUUUUGGGUUUUUUUGGGGUUUUCGGAUUUUUUUUUGGUUUUGGAGAUUUUUUGGUUUUUUGAUUUUUUUGGAAGAAAAAUGAGGUAUUUGGACUCUUUUUGGCAUUUUUUGAUUUUUUUGGUCGAAAAAUGAGGUAUUUGGAUACUUUUUGGAUUUUUUUAUAUUUUUUUGGUCGAAAAAUGAGGAUUUUUAUACUUUUUGGAUUUCUUUAAAAUUUUUUUGAUCCAACAUUAAUUAUUUGGAUACUUUCUCGCAUUUUUUUUGUCAAAAAAUGAGGUAUUUGGAUACUUUUUGGCAUUUUUUGAGUUUCAUUUUUUUAAUUCUUUUGAUUCAACCGAUUUUACAAUAUAUUUUCAGAAACCCCACCCGAAUUCCACACCGUCGACCCAUCCGGACGACCACCAAAUCCAUUCGGAGAGGAGAUCUCGACGGAAAAGUCGGAUCAGAAGCCCGCGGAAGCCGAGGAAUUCGAGCCGGAAACAACGAAAACGACCACGGAAAAGUCGACCACGCCCGCGGGAACGAGCGAAGAGUCCAAAGAGAACGAGACGAACGCUGCCACCGGGAAAUCCACAACUUUCACGUGGAUUAUUGCAUUAACUGUGAUUGCGAGUAAGGGAUUUUGAACAGACGAUUUUUGGGGUGUUUUUGGGUUGGUUUUUGGGGAAAUUUGAGGGAGUUUAGGUGGAUUAUGGCUCAAUUAAAAUAACAGAUUGGAUAUGGGCGUCUGGGAGAAGAGUUUUUGAUAUCAAUUUUUGAAUUUUAGAUCAUGUUGUACAUGGUGAAUAUUGGAGAAAUUUUUAUUGGAUUUGCAGUGGAUUUGAGGUCUGGUAGGGAGAUUGGGACCUGAUAUAGGGUUUAUGUUAUAUAAGGCUUCGAAAGAGAUCAGUUUUUUGUCGAAAUUUUGAGAUUUUAACUUAUAUUGUACAUGACAAAUUUUCAAAUUUUUUGUCAGUUUUUGAAAAUUUAAGCUUGAAAUAGCUUCGCAUCUAACUUGAUAGGUCUUAAAAUGUCAUGUGAUUUUUUAUACAGUAAAAAUUUUUUUAUUUUUUUACAAGAUUUUGAAUUUAUUUUCCCAUUUUUUAGUCCUCAUCUUGGCCGCGACCAUUGGCUCUCUGCUGAUGGCCCGAUACGUGCGCCGCAGCCGCCGACUGCACGGCAAAUACAACCCAGCGCGCGAGGAGAACGCCGUCGCCAGCAAUUACGCCAUGCCCAUGACAUCAGUCAACAAAGACGAGCGAUUGAUCUGA